GAAAUAGGGAGGAGUUUCUGACAGACUGAGUUCAGUUCAGGACAGACUGAAGGACAAACAACCAGGAAGGAAGAGAAAAUUUCGUUUUUUGGAAAUACCAUAGAAAAUUAACACAUAUUGGAUAUUAUCUGCAUUGAGAACAGUAAGUAAUGCCUGAAUUUAAAUAUUUUUAGAGGCAGUUGGGUGACUACAGCUCUCUAAUAACCAGCCAAACUAGUAGGCCUCAAUCCUGCCUGUUGAUUUACAUGUAGUCUUUAUUAGUCAUAUGAAACAUGUAGUUUAAGAAAAACUGGUUUAAAAGACAGCCUAGGAUGUGCUUUAUUGACUCAUUAUCUCAACAUAAAUGAUGACUUUAAUACAGAUAGGUGGAUUAACUGAGGUCAGAAUGUUUCUUUACUGUUUAUCAUGGUGCAUGAUAUAAAAUCUCCUUGAAACGUCUACGAAUCUUUUUCUCGUCUACCUAUUUUCACCUCUGCAGAUGUCUCUGUCUCCAGCUGCCUUGGCUGCACGUCGGGUGUUUGCCGCUGCGGCACACUCAAGUCAUGAGGGUGGAGGUCAGUGUGUCUUUAAUGUAACUCUCAACUAAUUGAAACGAAUGUGCAUCAAACCCUACGUAUUCAAAGCUUCCUUGUGCAACUGCAAAUCACAAGCAGCAGAAGCCUUUUGUUGAAUAUUAACUAAAAGUCUGCAGAGCUGGCAGCCAUCCUGGACAAUCUCCAGGACGUAUAUAAUGUUAUAAAUAUUGACUCUGGAGACACGAUUUCUUUUUUCGAAGCCACCCUCUUUAUGCCACACUUAUUGCUUCAGUCAUCUUUAACUUGCCUCUUCUAUUAUUUUACAGCAAGGACCUGGAAGAUACUCACCAUUGUGUUAGCCGUUCCUGGUGUUGCUGUCUGCAUGGCAAAUGCCUACAUGAAGAUGCAGGCGCAUUCACAUGAUCAGCCAGAUUUUGUGGCAUAUUCCCACCUGCGUAUCCGCACCAAGGUAAGUCUUGAACUGCGUAAUUGUACACCCACCCAUUCUUUCUGAAUAUGAUCCUGCUGACUCUAUUUGUUUUUUAAUUCCCAGAAAUUUCCUUGGGGAGAUGGAAACCACUCACUGUUCCACAAUUCUCACACCAAUGCUCUGCCCGAUGGCUUCGAGGGCCACGAUCAUUGAGUUCUCAGCAGAGUACUUUCUUGGUUAUACUAAGGGGCCAAGAGGCAGUGCCAAUAAACCAAAUGCAUAUGGACAGAAAUAAAUAUAUACUGAGUUUAUUUAUGAGUGCCAUGUCUUUUGUGUAACUAAGAGAAGUGUUUUAAUCAAUCA